AUGGAGUUUCCUCAUUUCUCCAUCUUUAUAGCACUCAGUCUUGCACUUGUUGUAGCAACACAUGCUGCGCUACCUCCUGAGUUGUAUUGGAAGUCCAAACUUCCAACAACUCAAAUGCCAAAAGCCAUCACAGAUCUCCUCAACCCAACUGAUUUGACAGAAGAGAAAAGUACCUCAGUAGCCGUAGGAAAAGGUGGUGUCAAUGUUGAUGCAAGAAAGCCAAAACCAGGAGGAACCGCAGUUAACGUAGGAAAAGGUGGAGUCCAUGUUAAUACAGGAAAAGGAAAACCUUCAGGUGGAACAGCGGUUAACGUUGGAAAAGGUGGUGUCAAUGUUAACACAGGAAAAGGAAGAGGAAAACCAGUUCAUGUUUCAGUUGGAAAUCGUUCUCCAUUUCAGUACAAUUAUGCUGCAACUGAAACACAGUUACAUGAUGAACCUAAUGUAGCACUUUUCUUCUUAGAAAAUAAUUUGCAUUAUGGAACGAAGUUGAACUUGCAAUUCACGAAAACAACCUCAAACAGCGAAGCAAAGUUCUUAACUAAAGAAGUUGCUGAUUCAAUCCCAUUUUCAUCAAACAAGGUAGAUAGCAUCCUUAACAAGUUCUCAAUCAAAAAAGGCUCAGACGAAGCUGAAAUUGUGAAGAACACAAUAAACGAGUGCGAAGAAAACGGUAUCCAAGGUGAAGAAAAGCUUUGUGUUAAAUCAUUGGAAUCUAUGGUUGACUUCACUACUUCCAAACUUGGAAACAAUGUUGAAGCGGUUUCAACAGAAGUGAAAAAAGAAAGUAGUGAGUUAGAAGAAUAUGUAAUAGCGAAAGGAGUGAAGAGAUUGGGAGAGAAGAACAAAGCUGUGGUGUGUCACAAAGAGAAUUAUCCAUAUGCAGUUUUCUACUGUCAUAAAACAGACACAACUAAAGUCUACUCAGUGCCAUUGGAAGGUGUUGAUGGAAAUAGAGUUAAAGCUGUUGCUGUAUGUCACACAGAUACAUCACAAUGGAAUCCUAAACAUUUGGCUUUUCAAGUGCUUAAUGUUCAACCUGGAACUGUUCCUGUUUGUCACUUCCUUCCACAGGAUCAUGUUGUUUGGGUUUCCAAGUGA